GAUAUAUCUUAGGGUUGUGUGUAAAGAAAAGGAUGUUUUGAAGCAAGAGAAAAGAGAUGAAUUUGAGACUACAUCUUGGAAAGUUGGAAGGAACAUUUGAUAUGGAGAAAGCAGUGUGUAACCAUGGUUUCUUCAUGAUGGCUCCAAACGUGUGGAACCCUUCAACAAAGUCACUACAACGACCAUUAACCCUUUCGGAUUCUUCUUCCGUGGAUGUCACGAUAUCUCAUCCUCCCACACUCUCUUUUCUUGUAGUCCAAGUCCAUGGCAUCAAUAAUGUUUCCAGAGUGGACGAAGCACUCAUCUUGCAACAAGUUGGGAGGAUGCUGAGAAUAUCAGAAAAGGACGAACGUGACAUGAUUGAGUUUCAUCAAGUCCAUGAGGCCGCAAGGAAGAGUGGUUUCGGUCGAAUUUUCCGCUCUCCGUCUCUCUUUGAAGAUAUGGUCAAAUCUAUUUUGUUGUGUAAUUCCACUUGGAGUAAGACACUAGGAAUGGCUUCUAACCUCUGCGAGUUGCAAUUAAAGCUAGCUGAAGGCACAAUUAGGCCUUCGAAUUCCCGUGUAACGAAAAAGAGGAAACCAAACCCAAAAUUCAAGAGAGCAACAAGGGGAAACUUCCCUAGCGCCAAGGAAAUAGCAAGCCUUGAAAAAGAGGUGAUCAAUGAGCACUGUAAACUUGGGUACAGAGCAAAUCAAAUAGUAAACUUAGCAAAGAAGGUUGAAAAUGGGUCACUGAAUCUUGAAAAGAUGGAAAUGGGAGAGAUGGAAGUGGAACAAGUGAUUGAGAAAAUGAAUAAGUUAAAGGGCUUUGGUCCUUUUGCUACUGCAACAGUGCUUAUGUGUCUCGGCUAUUACCAUCUUGUUCCAUCUGAUACCGAGACCCUAAGACUCUUACGAGAGGUGCAUGAAAUGAAGGAGUGUUCGAAAGAGACGCUUGAGAAAGCAACAAAUUCAAUUUAUGACCGAUUCUCUCCAUUCCAGUCUUUAGCCUACUGGUUUGAUUUGAUCCAAGACUAUGAAACAAAACUUGGGAAGCUUAGCAAGUUGAGUCACGCUGACUACAACAGUGUUAGCGGAUGCUGCCACACGAAGAAACAACUCGAGGCAAACGAAUGAUUAUCUUACUCUUUCUAUUGAUGAUUACAUUAAGGUUUUUCUUUCGUCUCUUGGUUUUGGUUCAGUCCUCCGUUAUUCAAAACUUGGGGGUUACCAUCUUAUGUUUUAAUUCAUCUGUUUUCCAAUUGAAUCAUAUAAUACCUGCUGGUUAGUAUCAUUUUGAUUUGAUUCAGUCUAAACUGCAUCAAACAAGAAACUUGGAAGAAGUAAAACUCUUUGUCUUCCAGAAAGCUGCCUGUCUAAGGCAUUCAUUGUCUGCAAAUAAGUCAAAUUGAAUCUU